CGGAUCAUACAAUGAAACCACCGAGUCUAACGAUUUUCGAGUUUUGUGCAUUUCUUCUUUCUAUUUUGUCCGGAGUCUCCAGCUCUGAAGCAGAGCACAAGCUGUUUUCAGUCAUCUUCUCCAAGUACAACCAGUACAUCCGGCCAGUGGAGAACGUGACCGACCCCGUCAUCGUGCAGUUUGAGGUGUCCAUGUCUCAGCUGGUGAAAGUGGAUGAAGUCAAUCAGAUCAUGGAGACCAACCUCUGGCUGAGACAUAUUUGGAAUGACUAUAAACUGCGAUGGGACCCCAAAGAUUUCGGGGGGGUGGAGUUCAUCCGAGUGCCCUCAAACAGGAUCUGGAAACCAGACAUUGUUCUGUACAACAAUGCAGUGGGAGACUUCCAGGUGGACGAUAAGACCAAAGCCCUAUUGCGCUACAAUGGAGAUGUCACCUGGAUCCCACCAGCCAUCUUCAAGAGCUCUUGCAAAAUUGACGUCACGUACUUUCCCUUCGACUACCAGAACUGCACCAUGAAGUUUGGCUCCUGGACCUAUGACAAGGCAAAAAUCGACCUGGUCCUGAUCGGCUCGACCAUAAACCUCAAGGACUUCUGGGAAAGUGGCGAGUGGGUGAUCAUCGACGCGCCCGGAUACAAGCACGACAUCAAGUACAACUGCUGCGAGGAGAUCUACACCGACAUCACCUACUCGCUCUACAUCCGCCGCCUCCCUCUCUUCUACACCAUCAACAUGAUCAUCCCCUGCCUGCUCAUCUCCUUCCUGACCGUGCUGGUCUUCUACCUGCCCUCCGACUGCGGCGAGAAGGUCACCCUGUGCAUCUCCGUCCUCCUCUCGCUGACCGUGUUCCUGCUGGUCAUCACCGAGACCAUCCCCUCCACCUCUCUGGUCAUUCCGCUCAUCGGCGAGUACCUGCUCUUCACCAUGAUCUUCGUCACGCUCUCCAUCGUCAUCACCGUCUUCGUGCUCAACGUGCACUACCGCACGCCCAAGACGCAUACCAUGCCCCAGUGGGUGAGGCGAGUCUUCCUGGGCCUUCUCCCCAAGGUGAUGUUCAUGACCCGGCCCGUGAGGGACUCCCGGCGCCUCUCUGCAGCCCUGCGGCCUGCCCUCCUCCGGCCCCCCUCAGGCCCUCCAGCAGCAGGCGGUGAGCGCCGCCACCCAGCCGCGACAGAGGGUCUUCAUCAGCACCGAGCUGAGCACCCCCGCUCUAGUUCCGAGUCGCUGAACGGGGGACCUCUGUCCCUCACCAGCCUCUCGCCAGAGGUGAGGGAAGCCAUCGAAAGCGUCAAAUACAUCGCUGAGAACAUGAGGCGACAGAAUGAAGCCAAGGAGGUGCAAGAUGAUUGGAAGUAUGUUGCCAUGGUGAUCGACAGGAUUUUCCUAUGGGUGUUUAUAUUGGUGUGCAUCCUGGGAACCGCUGGCCUCUUCCUCCAGCCUCUUCUGCUCGGAGAGGACAUGUAG